AUGCGCUUCCGUUCCACCUCCCAGACUGAUGUCCGGGAGAGGCCGCGUCGGCGCAGCAGAAGCCAGUUUCCCGCCACAAACGGGCGCAAGGACCCCGCCCCGGAAGCCCUAAGAACUCCGAGAGCCGGCGAGGCAUCCUGGGAAACCGAGUCUGGGCGCGAGAAAGACGCCAAGACUUCUGGGAGUCACAGUCCUGAGCCAGGCCUCCUUCUGCGCAGGUUCAAAGUCCCCGAGCCGGCGCGGCGCGGUCCCCCCACCGGAAGUGUCCGAUCGGAACCAUCCCGUAGGAGAGGGGAGUCCGGGCUUGAGGAUCCACGGGUCCGACCUUUUGUCCCCUCCGAGCAUUGCAGUCCCUGCCACUUUAUUUGGGGUCGCAGCCGCCCCGCAGCGAGGUCCUGUAGCCAGCACCGCGGAGGCAUCCCGAGGAAAGGCGUGCGGAAGGCAUUGCGCCCGCCUACUCCGAAACGCGCCUCGGUUUCCAUGGUUACCCGCCCGCGCGUUACGUCAUGGCGGGGGGCGGGGCGCCGGGCUGGGGUCCCUGAUGGCCUUGGAGCGCGGCGUUGGCCUCGUGGGGCUGCUUCCUCCCCUCCCGGAGGAGUUCCCGGGACCCCGUCCCACGCGCGCUGCUCGCGGGAGGGGUCCUCGCCUUUCCGUGGAAGACGCGGGGCGGCCCACGGCUGUCGGGCGUCCACGCAGGGGAGCCCGUGGUGCCCGCGGCCCGCAUUUCAGUGCGUGCCCAUCCAUGCACAUGGACAAGAGAUAUUCAGGAGAAAGGUGGUACCUUCUGGACCAGUACUUAGUGUCCACUUGCAGCCAGUGGACCCCAAUGCCCUUCAUGGUUCUUCAGCACCCCUUCUUCUGGACCGUGAUAAGGAAAGUGAAAACAAUGGAUCUGUGCCAAAGUUGGACAUUUGUGAAAAAAUUGAAUCACAAAGAAUUCUAUCAGGAAGAAUUUCAGGAUUCAUGUCGGAAGGAUCUGCUGAGCCUCAAGACAUCUGUAAGUCUGCAGGCAGGUUAAAGAGGCAGUGGGAAAAAGAAUCAGGAGGGUCUCAGAGACCAUCAUCUUCUCAGGAUGGAGGUUAUAAUAAAAUCCUUACCCACAAAAAUAUACUUACAGGUGAAAUUGGCCAUGAUAGAUGUGAGAGAAGCUUAAACCUAAAUUCAAGUGAAUUGGUACACCAGAAAACUUGUAAACACAGUACCUAUGACCAAAAUUUCAAAUGGAAUCCAGAUUUUAUUAAGCAUCAAAGAAUUUAUGCUGGAGAAAGAAUUCACCAAUAUGGAAAAUCUCUCAAGAGCCCAAACCUUAUUAAACAUGCAGCAAUUUUUAAUGGGGAGAAAACCCACCAGUGUAAUGAGUGUGGGAAAGCUUUCAGACAUAGCUCAAAGCUUAUCAGGCAUCAGAGAAUCCACACUGGAGAAAGGCCCUAUGAAUGUAGUGAGUGUAGGAAAGGCUUUGAGGGGAGCUCAGAUCUUAUUAGACACCAGAGAAUUCACCCUGGGGAAAGACCCUUUGAAUGCAAAGAAUGUGGGAGAGCAUUCAGUCUGAACUCACAUCUUAUCCUGCAUCAGAGAAUUCACACCAGAGAGAAACCCUAUGAACGUAGUAAAUGUGGGAAAACCUUCAGAGUGGGCUCACACCUCAUUCGACAUCUGAGAAUCCACACUGGAGACAAACCCUAUGAAUGCAGUGAGUGUGGAAGAGCCUUCAGUCAGAGUUCCCACCUUCGUCAACACCAAAGAAUUCACAAGAGGGAAAACCUGUUAAUGUAAAGAACUUAAGUUUUUAUGGAAAGGAGAAAGAAAUAGCAACAUGAAAAAUAUUGAAUAAAAAAUAUGGAGUGAGAUGAAUGACUGAAAAACUAUGAUCUCUUUUCUCAUUCUCUGGCUUGUGUUCUGUGAAUGGUCUUCACCUGUGGGGAGCAGGGGGCUUUCUGUGAGACAGGAUUUGCCUCUCUUCCAUUGACUGCUGAAGUCAAGAGCAGAACUUAGAGGGGAGCUAAUAAAUAGGCUACUCUGUGGCAAUGGAGAUACAGAAAAAAAAGGACUGUCUUGGAAGUAACCAUGAUUACUAUGUGGAGAGGAGAGGAUUCGGUAAAGCUGAUCAUCAACACUAGUAAAUGAUGCUCCACAAGAAGAGGUAGUCUAAGCUCUCUAAGCGGAAUAACUUGGGAAAUACACAACAGAGCUUUCAAAACAUUCCUUUAAAUGAAGGACAACCAAACUACAU